GUCUGCUUCCAACACCCCUCUCCUCCACCCCCACCCAUUUGUCUGUCUGGGACUUUUUGUAAACCUGCCCACAUGAUCACGUAAUAGCCAGGCAUUCUUUUGAAUGAGAGAGAAAGCGAGCAGGAGAGAGAUAGAGAUGUGAGAGUUGCUGCAACACCAUAGCUAGAUUAAGAGUCUGUGAACAUGAAGUGAAGUAUGCGGGCUGUUGUGGCAGGUCUACGAGCGUGCUGGUAAAAGUUAAUUCUCCCCAGGGCAGCUCCCAGCUGCACUUUCCCUUUCUCCCUUCUUCUCUUUGCUAAUGCACAACCUAACGGUCCUGAACAGCACUGUCAACUCCAACUCCAAUGUCACCUGCUCCUGUAACUGCACCAGAUCCCAGCACCAGGGGAUGGAGAUAUCUGAACUGGAGUUUGUUCAGAUAAUAAUUAUAAUUGUGGUGAUGACAGUAAUGGUGGUGGUGAUCAUCUGCUUACUGAACCACUAUAAACUCUCCACGUGGUCCUUUAUCAACCGACAGAGCCAAGGCAGGAGACAAGAGGAAGCCUUGCAGCCAGAGGGGUGCAUGUGGCCGGCAGACAAUACAGUAUCACAACAAGGUGCUUCAGAGAUAAUGUACACACCGAGGUCGAGGGAGAGGUUCACAGCCCCUUUGUUUAUGCAAAGGAGUCAUUUCAGCCGCUUCCAGACCACCUACCCGUACAUACAACAUGAUAUAGACCUGCCGCCCACCAUCUCGCUGUCGGAUGGAGAGGAGCCUCCUCCCUACAAGGGGCUCUGCACGCUGCAGCUACGAGACCCUGAGCAGCAAAUGGAACUGAACCGCGAGUCGGUCCAGGCCCCGCCCAACAGAACAAUCUUUGACACUGACUUGAUAGAUGUUUCCAUGUACAAUGAGGGGCCCCAUCCUCCUAGCAGCAAAUUGGGCAUCAGUGCAACUAACUAUAGCAGUAAUGGCAGGAUGGAGGCCCCACCACCAACCUACAGUGAGGUAAUGGGUAACUAUCCAGGAUCCUUGUUUUUUCAUCACCAGCAAAGCAAUACUCCUCCUUCGUCACAGAGGGGAAACAGUAUCAAUUUCCAGCAGAACAACGCAGAGAGCACAAUAGUGGCCAUGAAGGGCAGAGGGGGGCCGUAGAGAAAAUCUGGUCUGAGAAUUGCAUGCAUGUGCAUGUAUGGACUCUUACAAUAGGGGUGCGUCAGCACUUCCUACACUCCUGUGCACAAUUAGUCAAAUAUAACUUUGGUACAAAAAUUAGGAACCAACCAGUUUGAUAGCUAACUGAGUUUUUUUUUUUUUUUUUUAAAAAGAAGUUUGAAUUAUUUCCUUCAAAAGAGAAAAAUGAAACACAGAUAAUACAAAAAAUUGACUACAUUGCCCUGUGAAAAAGGAAAGCAGUGUUCAUAUAAAUUAAUGAGGACUCAAUCGAGUUUUGAAACAAACAAAAAUCCUUUUGAGUGCCAAGAUUUAUAAUUAUGUAAUAAUGUGGUGAUUUAAUUUGUACAGACGUGCGCAAAUUUGUUGGUACCCUUACAGCUCAUUGAAAUAAUGCUUCAUUCCUCCUGAAAAGUGAUGAAAUUAAAAGCUAUUUGGGUAAUGGUAUGUAAAAAUAAUGUGAUAUCUUGUAACAAUUGUAAGUCGCCCUGGAUAAGGGCGUCUGCUAAGAAAUAAAUAAUAAUAAUAAUACAAUAUAGAGAUGAAAAGAGAUGAAUUAUUGCUUAUUCUACAAAGAUAUUCUAAAAUGGCCUGGACACAUUUGUUGGUACCCCUUAGAAAAGACAAUAAAUAAUUGGAUUAUAGAGAUAUUUCAAACUAAUUAGUUUCUUUAAUUAGUAUCACACAUGUCUCCAAUCUUGUAAUCAGUCAUUCAGCCUAUUUAAAUGGAGAAAAGUAGUCACUGUGCUGUUUGGUACCAUUGUGUGCACCACACUGAACAUGGACCAGAGAAAGCAAAGGAGAGAGUUGUCUGAGGAGAUCAGAAAGAAAAUAAUAGACAAGCAUGGUAAAGGUAAAGGCUACAAGACCAUCUCCAAGCAGCUUGAUGUUCCUGUGACAACAGUUGCAAAUAUUAUUAAGAAGUUUAAAGUCCAUGGAACUGUAGCCAACCUCCCUGGGCACGGCCGCAAGAGGAAAAUCGACCCCAGAGUGAACAGAAGGAUAGUGCGAAUGGUAGAAAAAGAACCAAGGAUAACUGCCAAAGAGAUACAAGCUGAACUCCAAGGUGAAGGUACGUCAGUUUCUGAUCGCACCAUCCGUCGCUUUUUGAGUGAAAAUGGGCUCCAUGGAAGAAGACCCAGGAGGACUCCACUUUUGAAAGAAAAACAUAAAAAAUCCAGACUGGAAUUUGCUAAAAUGCAUAUUGACAAGCCACAAUCCUUCUGGGAGAAUGUCCUUUGGACAGAUGAGUCAAAACUGGAGCUUUUGGGCAAGUCACAUCAGCUCUAUGUUCACAGACGAAAAAAUGAAGCUUUCAAAGAAAAGAACACCAUACCUACAGUGAAACAUGGAGGAGGCUCGUUAUGUUUUGGGGCUGCUUUGCUGCGCCUGGCACAGGGUGCCUUGAAUCUGUGCAGGGCACAAUGAAAUCUCAAGACUAUCAAGGCAUUCUGGAGCGAAACGUACUGCCCAGUGUCAGAAAGCUCUGUCUCAGUCACAGGUCAUGGGUCCUCCAACAGGAUAAUGACACAAAACACACAGCUAAAAGCACCCAAGAAUGGAUAAGAACAAAACAUUGGACUAUUCUGAAGUGGCCUUCUAUGAGUCCUGAUCUGAAUCCUAUCGAACAUGAGCUAUGGAAAGAGCUGAAACUUGCAGUCUGUAGAAGGCACCCAUCAAACCUGAGACAGCUGGAGCAGUUGCUCAGAAAGAGUGGGCCAAACUACCUGUUAACAGGUGCAGAAGUCUCAUUGAGAGCUACAGAAAACGUUUGAUUGCAGUGAUUGCCUCUAAAGGUUGUGCAACAAAAUAUUAGGUUAGCGGUCCCAUCAUUUUUGUCCAUGCCAUUUUCAUUUGUUUUCUUAUUUACAAUAUGUUGAAUAAAAAAUCAAAAGCAAAGUCUGAUUUCUAUUAAAUAUGGAAUAAACAAUGGUGGAUGCCAAUUACUUUUGUCAGUUUCAAGUUAUUUCAGAGAAAAUUGUGCAUUCUUCGUUUUUUGUGGAGGGGUACCAACAAAUUUGAGCACGUCUGUAUAUAUUUUUUAAAAGAAGUCCUAAUGUUGAUCAUAUAGUUAGAGGGAACUGCUAUUUGUGAAUUUGGCUGUGUUGUUCCCUCACUUGUAGAAUGAGUACAGUCUCCAAAGGAUGUGUCAGUGGGAUCAUUGGAUGUUCAUCUUUUUCUCACAAACAAAAAGGGAUCUUUGGAUCCAGCCUUUUGCCUAAUAACACAAAUUUGAGAAAUACAGGGGCACUCGAAAUGUUGAUCUAAAUAUAUUUUGUAUUUUAAUUUGCAAUAACUUGUCAACAAAGAAACACCAACUCUCCAAGAGUCUGUUGGAUGGAAAGUUGGAGAGAGGUUUAAGAUGUUCUCAAUUGCAACAAGCACACUGUAUAAACAGGACUCUACGCAGGCUCACACUGAAAAAAAAUACAAUUUUGCUCAAAUUUAAUUGUUGAUUAUCUACAUAUGUGUUCCUUAUUUUUACAUAGCACUUAUGCAGCUUUGACACAGUUUUAUACAGUUAAACAUUAACAAAAUAACUACAAUGGACAAGUUUUUUCCAAUUGACCUGUUUCGUCACGCUUUAUUUUAAGGACCGUUUUUUAGUUUAUUAACUGUUAACAAACACUGUUAAUUUUUAGCUUACGGUUGAGUUAAUAAAAACCUGAUUUAAUUUGCUAAACAUUAGUACAGUAACCAUUUGAACUGAUUUCAAGCAUAUGAUCGACUGGGUAUUGAUCAUCCAUAGGGCUCUGGUGUUUGCAGUUUUAGCUGGCCUAUAUAUAUUAUAUUACUAACAGUUAACAGAAAAUAAAUAAUGUACAUUAACAUGUUUAUUAGCGGUUUGUUAACAGUUAAUAAACAAAAAAGGCCCUUAAAAUAAAGCAUGACCAAAUUUUUUUUUUUUUCAGUUCUUCUUUACCAAAACACAAUAUUUUAAAUCUCCUUUCAUUUUCUUAAUUUUUUAUUUUUUUUAAACAUCAACAGAAACCGUUUAUUUUGGCCAGUCUUUGUAGUUAGGUCUCUUAGAACGUUUUGAGGAAGAAUGUCACUGUUUUACACAAUUGGUAGGAUCAAAUUCUGCCAGUGUGCAUCCCUCAGUCCUGAUUCAUAUAAGAUCUUCAGUUGUUGAGAAAUGCAGACUACUUCAGACAGAAUUCUUAAUACUGUUUUGAGCUGAGAAACCUCUCUCACGCUGGGCUGCUGAUACGGGUAGAAGUAACAUUAUUUCCACUAAAUGCAGUAUGUUCUGAAAAACAGUAACAAUAAAAAAUAAAAAUGUGUUAUUGAGUGUGUGUGUGAAAAUAAAAGUAUAUUAUAGACCUACCUCAUAAUCUAGCACCUUUGUUAACAUUGUCUGCCACAGGCUGCUGCAUGAUUUGUCCUUGAAUGUAUGAGCUACAGGUAUUUUGAGCCCUACCACUCAUCUUGAACCUUAUCUGUGUCACAUCCCCCUCUGCAAAAGAAAAUAAGAAAAGUUUAUAUUGUUUUUGUUGCAGAAAAGAAUGUAGAUACACCCUCUCACCUUUUGAGAACUUCAUUAAAAUGCUCUAGGGGGACAUCCACUUCUUCAACACAAUAGUCCAAUAGCUGAUCUUCAUUUUCAGACCAUGCAUCAUGAUGGAAUAUUUUGAAAUGCUCCACAGCCCUAGAUGUCUGGUCAUCAGUGUUGUCUUAAUCUAGCAGACUGCCAAAGCAGGACCUGAGUUCACAAACAGCAAUUGUGAUGGCUGCUUUGAUGUGACUUUUCAGCUUAUAAUGACUCAAGUCAUCAGGGUUCAGGUCAGGGGAUCUCCUCUUUGUGGCAAUCACUGAAAACGGAAAACAUUUGCAAAUCCAGUAUUAGAAAAUAGUCUGGAUUUUUCAAAGUUAUAAAGAGCAUUUUAAGUACAAAAACAAACUUAGAAAAUGGUCAAACAAACUUCUUUAAUGGAUAAAGAAUCCUUUAAAACAUUGUGUAAAUAACACUGCUAUAAACAGCUUUGUGAAGCCCCCUUAAGUGUCUUAAAGCAAUAUUUAUUGUAGUCCAAGUACUGUAACCCUAACACUAACAAACCUGAAA